CUGUUACUGUAUUCCAUGUACUUUAUACAUAUCUCUUUAUAUUAUUUUACCUAGGUUUCAUCAUCAGCUUCACAGACAUUUUCUUUUCUUUAUUUCUUGUGCAUUGGAAUGGAAGAUCAUCAGGGGCAAGAGCAGCAGCAGCAGCAAAAGCAAAAGCAGCAAGAACAGCAACCCAAUAGUCCAAAUCAACAAGCCUCCGAGAGAACCGAACCGGUGAGGUCAAGAUGGACACCCAAGCCAGAACAAAUCCUUAUUCUCGAGUCCAUCUUCAACAGUGGCAUGGUUAAUCCACCAAAAGAUGAAACCGUCAGAAUAAGGAAGCUGCUUGAGAAAUUUGGAACCGUUGGUGAUGCCAACGUCUUCUACUGGUUCCAAAACCGCCGCUCUCGCUCCCGCCGCCGCCAACGCCAGAUUCAGGCCACCCUUAACCAGGGUGGCGGUGCAAGUACCAAUCCAUUUCAACACCACCAUCAAAACAACCCUGCUCUUGUUGCAAACAUGGCUUUUGGUAGUGGUAGUGCCACUUCCUCUUUCCUUAACCCCUCUUAUAUACCACCUCGUUCUUCUUCUUCUUCUUCUUCCUGUGCUGCUGCUGCUGCUGAAGAAAGCUUCGAUGAUUUCUUCCCACCGUCUACUCAAAUGGGUUUUCCUGGAAUUGAUCAUCAUGCUUCGGCUGCAUCAUCUUCAUCUGUUUUGUACCCUCUUGAAGCUUCCAAUUUGAACUAUCACUCUGGAUUUGGGGGAAUUUCAGGACUGAUCACAGUGUUCAUCAAUGGGGUCCCAACAGAAGUUCCAAGGGGGCCAAUGGACAUCAAAACAGCUUUUGGUGAAGAUGUAAUGUUAGUUCAUUCCUCUGGAAUUUCAGUUCCCACCAAUGAGUUUGGUUUCUUGAUGCAGGGCUUGCAGCAUGGUGAAAGCUACUUUGUGGUUUCAAAGCAAACACAAGUAUGAACAGAUGAAGUUAAUUGCAUGGCAUCAAUGGAAGCUUCUGUUAGAUGUUUCUGCUAUGUUUGGUUUUUUUUCUUUUUCUUUUUACCAUUUCCGUAAUCCUUUAUAUGUGGUUCAAAUAUUAGAGAUCUACUAUGUGAUUAGAGAAGUCCAUAUGUAUAUCUACUUGACAAUUAUAUAUACUUUCUUUUCCUGGAUUUAGAGCAAACAGAAAUUCUAUAUAUUGUUGAAAACAA